CGAAUCCACCAAGUUCAGCUCACACUUCUGUCAAAUGGAAUGGAUGCUUGGCCUUCGAAUACGGAUCAUGCAGCGACAGCCUCUGAGAAGCGCAAGCGUUCAAAGAAGCAGUCGCAAGGAAUCUUGAAGCUCUCUCAGUCUUACCCUUCACUCGAAGCUGGAGGUUUGGCCGCUGCCACUCUUCACUCAAACAACGGGCGACUUGAAUGGUCUAGUAUUAAAGACGGAAGGCAAGCUCGCCAAAUCAGACCGAAGGGACAAACCACCAAAGUAUUUCCCGAGACGCGUCCUUCGGCAGUUGUUGCCCCUCAUGUUUCUAUGAAGCAACGGAUAGAGCAAGGGGCCCACUUCUUGAGAACUUACCAUCCAGAUGUAGACAUUCCAUCAGAGCUCAUCGGCGACGAGCUCAAGGAGGACGUCCAUCACUCUAAACUGAACAGUUCUUUUGAUCCAUAUCGUGGCACUCCUCUGGAGACUAUCAGACACGCAGAUGGACGCGGCAGGCAGUUCGCGUUCAUUGCACAUCCUGUUGGACCUACUAGUUCGGAAUUACACCUGUCCCUCUUCAGCAGUGGACAAGGGGGAAGACAUAACAACUCUAUGUUCAGACCAUCUGCGCAGCCCUCCAUCUCGUUUGAGACACCUAUCAGGCAGGUCAAGGCCGGCGUUGAUCGCACAGGCAACACUCAACUUCUCGCCGUCCGGACCAUGGCAUCGACGAGCAUCUUCUCAGUAAAAUUUAAGGGAAACCAAUCACUUCAAAAUGUCGCCCCUACUAUAACCGAGUUGGCCUGCUUCAAACGGUCGUCUCUGGGAGAUCGGCCUGCUGUUGAUAUAGCCCUGCCGUAUCAGUCAAAUGUCGCAUUCAGCAUUAACGACUACGGCGAUGUCUUCAAGGUUGAUCUACGUAAUAAUGGAUCCAUCGAGAAGAGUUUCUCCGCGCAGGAUGCAUCUCUGCCAGUCUCGCGCGAGCCUUUCUGGAGGAUAUCUAUGAAUGCGGAGGACAAUGCUUGUUUUGUGACCUCGAGCAAGACGGUCGAUAAUUGGGAUUUACGUACAAGGGUGUCAACUACGUUGCACUCCCUCUCGAAUGGCGAUAAUGUCAUCACUGCUAUCGAACGUCAAUAUACCGACAAUCUAAUCAAGCUCUCUACGACCGAGGAAAUGUUAUGGUUGGACAAACGCUAUCUCGGCCGGCCUCUCAUGGGAUACAAACAUGGACGCAGCUUCGAUCGGACUUUGCAGAGCUCUACGGUUACCGUCCGAGACCUGACCUUAACCCUACUAACAUCUCAGAAGAACGGUCUUAUCACAGUUUACGAUGUCGGUCGAGGCUCGGACGCUUUAUUACAUGCCUACACUCCUGCAUAUGCCCUCACUGCCCCGCUCGGCUCUGCUACUGCACACGAAGGCUGCCAUUUCGUCUCGCCGACAGAGACUACUGCAAGCGGAGUUGACCUUCACCUCUUCCAAAUUUCGAACCGUGGAGGCCUGCACCAGUUGGAUUGUAUUUUGGCACCGCUUCAGGAAGAUACUGCCUCCGAACCUGUUCACUAUCUACCGAGCGUCCAGUGGAGUCCAGAAGUCAAGCAAAUGGACAAAUUAGCUGCUCGCAUGCAACCCGAGGAUGGUCCUCUCAGUCGGCGGAAUGGACUCGAGGUUGAUUUUAGCGAGUUGUACCAGACACUCUUCGAGGUCGGUGGCUCCACCAAUCCUCUGCUCGAUGAGGAGAAACCGGACGAGAUAUUCGAUACGCUUGAUAAAAUGCCCUCGUUCUGGCAGGACACGAAUGCCCCAAUCGACCAUAUGCUCACAAGUUUUGAUGUUGCCUUUCGAUCCGGAAACCAGCCUUCGUACGCCUCAAGAGCAGACUUUCUGACUCGAAGCAAGGUCAACUCGAAGAGAGGCUAUCGGGCAGUCGUACAAGAUCGAAUCCCUUUGGCAGACGUAGCCAAAGGCGCUGCGUGGCACUAUAACAUUAAUCCUUUCCUUCGAUAUGUUAUGCCUGAAGUGCCGCACAACCCACAGGAAGUCAUGGAACACCUUGGAGCCUACGAUCUUCUGGAGAGCGAUAAUCGUCCAGGUUCCUCGUAUAGAAGAGAGACAGAAGCCAAGGAACAGCUGACUGUCGACCUUGCCCUUUCCACCGACAUAUUCUCGCCCAAACCAUUCUCGAAAUCAUCCAAUCUCUCCGCUCUCGAUGACGCGCUCGAAACCAUGUCCCGAGCGACUGAAGCCUUGUCCUUAUCCAACACGGACCUACCUCCCGUGCAAUUUGGAUAUCUUUCUCCAACGCCCAAAGUUGAACCCUUUACUCAGACAGACGGCCAACCGACAGACGGCCAGAAGGCUGACCAGAAAAUGCCACUCGGCGUGCGUUUACUUCUGAAGGAGUGGGAUAUCGGCACAGAUCCGGAGACGUAUAGUUAUCACGACCCAUACGGCUCUCACAUCUCUGUGCUUCCUCCCACUCACACCGAGCUGCGCCGUUUAUAUCCCAUGGCGCCCCCAGCUUCAGGCGCCACACCCACCCAAAUAGACGACGGUCGCAGCCAAAGUAAAAGUCAGACACAGCGCCCUCCUAUGGUGGUUACUGCUCCAAGAGCUAUCCCUCCUGCUGUCGCUGGCAGUCAAUCCGACGCGCCGGUGCGUCGUCCACCGCUGGCUAGUUUUGGAGCUCAGUCGCAGGACGCGAUGGUACAACAAUAUUCGUCGCAGAAGAAUCCGAGCCAGGAUAGGAUAGAUGGGUCGCAGGAUGCUAUGCCUAGUACACAGGUCGUCCCCGGCCCGUAUGGAGGAAGGCUGACCGCGGGCAAGAAAAAGGUGGUGAAGAAGAGACUGGGCGGCUUUUGA